AUGGUUCCCCCGGUCCGGACGGCGAAAGACGAGAAUGCCAUCGCCCACGCGAGGACGCUGGAGCGGGUGCCCUGGUGCGACGACUACGAGAAGAUGGUGUCGGGCAUGCUCUACAGCUGCAUGGCGCCCGAGCUGGUCGCAUCGAGGAACCGUGCCAGACGCCUGGCCCAGCGCUUCAACACGUACGUCCCGGAUGAGAGCGCGUCCGCCGACGAGGUUGCUAGCACGAGGGUGGGCAUGAUCAAGGAGCUGUUCGGCAAGAUCGGGGAGGAUGUCUACAUCGAGCCCAGCUUGCAGGUCGACUACGGCUGCAACAUCACCGUCGGAGACCGUUUCUACGCCAACUUCAACUGCGUCAUUCUUGACUGUGCCCAUGUCACCAUCGGCGACAGAGUCAUGUUCGCGACGGGCGUCAGCCUCAUCACGGCGACGCACGAGACAGGCUUGCAGUCGAGAAGAGACAACAUCGAGUACGCGGAGCCCAUCACCAUCGGGGAUGACUGCUGGAUCGGAGCAAACGUCACCGUGCUGCCGGGAGUCAAGAUCGGCAAGGGCUGCACGAUUGGCGCCGGAGCCCUCGUGAACAGAGAUAUUCCUGAUUACUCGGUGGCUGUGGGCGUCCCGGCUAAGGUUGUUAAGAAGGUAGAUCCCGUCGAUUAG